ACUUCCAUGAAUGAUUGGUAUUUAAUUAAUUUGUUUCUAAAGUAGUAACGCGAAUGUUCAUGGUGUAACAACUAGCAUAAUUUGUGAAGAAAAUUGUUGCAUCACAAAAGUUGUUAUUCCUGUAUUUUUUUCGUUCAUUAAUUUAAUUACACUUUACAAGAAACAUAUUGUUGGACGAUUAAAUAUGGAUCAAAGUUUAUUAAAAGAAAUUCAUUAUUUAACAAGUUUAAUAGAACACCAUAAAAAGAAAUCUAUAGAAAAAUCUUGUUGCGUGAAAGAAACUUUUUUGAAUCCACAUUUAGGUUUUACAAAAUCUUUGAACUAUACAAAUUUAGUUCAUAAAUAUCAACCAUCUUACAGUAAUCAUAAUAAUACUUCACACAACGAAGUAACAACUACUAAUGUAUACAUUAAUCCAAACUUUAAACCUCAAAAUUCUUCCAUACAUAUCAAUCCAAGGUUACAAGAAACAUCUUUAGUACAUGUUAAUCCAAAAAUGAUGAAAAGCGUUAUUAAUUCUAAUAAAAAUGUGAAAACUGAUUCUAUAAGCAAAGCAACAAGUACUGAAGAUAAUUUCUUACAAAAUCAAAAUUCCUUAAAGAAAUCGGUGCACGUAAAUCCAAAAUUAAUGAAAAAGUUGUCUUCCUCAAUACAGCCUAAAUCAGUUAAACCUGAAGAAACAGUAAUACAAAAUGUUAAUCAUCCAGUUUGUUCAAGAUUAAAAUUGGUUAAAAAUGUGACUUCCUUAAAAAAUAUCCAUAGCCCUAGGAAAACUAAUAAUUCUAAUAUUGUACUCUUAUCUCAAAGAAAACUUGUACGUGUAAGACGGAAUUCAAAAAAGUCCUUAAGCACUCCUCAAACAGAAUUUCACAAAAUUAAGAAAUCAUUGAAUGUGAUAAAAAAUAUUAAAUUUUCUUCCUACAAAACUGUUAAAACAAAAACAGGUUUAUUACAAUCAGUUAACAAAGAUGCAAGUUCUACAAAAUCACUGACUGUGAAAUCUAAGAUAAAUAAAUACAGAAUAGACAGAACUGUACCGAAAACUAUAAGCAUUAAAGAGCACUCGAACCAAACACAGAAAAAAGUCAUGAAUAAAAAAAUGGAAUUAAUUACAAUUGGAGGAAUUGUCUAUAAAUCUUCCAAAAAUCAGUUAGUACGUAAAAGCUAUGGAGUAAAAAAAAAACGUAUAACGAACAUAAAAAGUGAUAAAUUUAUUGUAGCUACAAAUGGGAAAAAGUUAUGUAGGAUAAAACCAUUAAAAGAAACAUUAGAAAAUUCCAGAAUGAAAAUACUUAACAAAACUAAUGGCACAAAACUUUCGUCUAAUUUGUCACAGAAGAUUAAUUAUAAAACCAACAUUAGUAAUAAAGUUAAACAGAGAAGUAUACAAAUAUUACGUAAUAAAAUGCAGAAAAACAAUCAGCCGUGUUUAAUAUUUCAACGAUUUGGAUACUGUUCGAAUCAUGAAAAAGGAAUUUGUCUAAAACGUCAUGAUAAAAAGCAAAUUUCCCUUUGCAAAAAAUUUCUUCAAGGAAAUUGUUUAUUGGAUAAAUGUCCAUUAUCUCAUGAUGUAGGCCCUGAAAAGAUGCCAACUUGUAAAUAUUUUUUAGAAGGUUGUUGUACCAGAGAUGGUUGUCCUUAUCGCCAUAUUAAAGUUUCUUCCAGUACUCCAAUUUGCAGGGAAUUUUUGCAAGGAUAUUGUGCUAAAGGACAAGAGGUAGUAUUAACAUUCAUCUAUAUUAUCAUUUAUAGUAAAGAAUUUUCACGUGUACAUGAUAACAAUUUCUAUUAUUUUGUAUAAAUAACUCAUUUAAUC